GUCCUUCUCCUCCUCCGCCGCCGCCGCCACCGCCACCGCCACAGCCACAUCUUCCGGCGAAAACUCAGAGACUGCGGUUCCACCUCUAGUUGGAAGCAUGGCCGGAGAGCCACUGAAAGUGUUGGACGCGUUGGAUGUAGCCAAGACGCAAUGGUACCAUUUCACGGCCAUUGUGAUCGCCGGAAUGGGCUUUUUCACCGACGCCUAUGAUCUCUUCUGCGUAUCUCUUGUCACCAAAUUGCUGGGUCGGAUUUAUUAUCACAAACAGGGCUCUGACAAGCCUGGUGAAUUGCCUUCCAAUGUCGCCGCCGCCGUUAAUGGCGUUGCCUUCUGCGGUACCCUCUCCGGUCAGCUCUUCUUCGGCUGGCUCGGUGACAAAAUGGGUCGGAAACGAGUCUACGGCAUGACCCUUAUGCUUAUGGUUAUUUGCUCUGUUGCUUCCGGUCUGUCUUUCAGCAGCUCGCCGACGUCGGUGGUUGCCACUCUCUGCUUCUUCCGAUUCUGGCUCGGGUUUGGCAUCGGCGGCGAUUACCCACUUUCCGCCACAAUCAUGUCGGAAUACGCCAAUAAAAGAACAAGGGGGGCAUUCAUCGCCGCCGUGUUUGCGAUGCAGGGGUUUGGGAUUUUGGCUGGUGGAGUGGUGGCUAUAAUUGUCUCCGCCGCUUUCGACGCCAAAUACCCAGCGCCGUCGUACCAGGAAAAUCCCAACGCCUCCACUGUCUCACAAGCGGAUUACGUAUGGCGAAUCAUUGUAAUUUUUGGAGCUUUCCCAGCUCUCCUCACUUAUUACUGGCGAAUGAAAAUGCCGGAAACCGCCCGUUACACCGCCUUGGUGGCUAAAAACGCCAAACAGGCGGCGGCGGACAUGUCCAAAGUCCUGCAGGUGGAAUUAGAAUCCGAACAGGACAAAAUCGAGGAAGGCAAAUCGAAAAACGAUUUUGGGUUGUUCUCAAAAAGCUUUCUUCGCCGGCACGGCCUUCACUUGCUCGGAACCACCUCCACCUGGUUCUUAUUGGACAUUGCAUUCUACAGUCAAAAUCUAUUCCAAAAGGACAUCUUCACCGCCAUUGGAUGGCUUCCUCCGGCGAAAACAAUGAACGCCAUUGAAGAAGUUUUCAAAAUCGCCAGAGCACAGACUCUCAUAGCAUUAUGCAGCACAGUUCCAGGGUAUUGGUUCACGGUGGCAUUGAUCGACAUAAUGGGUCGAUUUGCAAUUCAAUUAAUGGGGUUUUUGUUCAUGACGGUGUUCAUGUUCGCAUUGGCCAUUCCUUACAACCACUGGACUCUGCCAGACCACAGAAUUGGGUUCGUAGUGAUGUAUUCUCUCACGUUUUUCUUCGCGAAUUUCGGGCCAAACGCGACGACAUUCGUGGUACCGGCGGAGAUUUUCCCAGCGAGGCUUCGAUCAACCUGCCAUGGAAUAUCUGCGGCGUCGGGAAAAGCAGGGGCGAUCAUCGGGGCGUUUGGGUUCCAGGCGGCGGAGAAGGCGUUUGGGGUAAAGAAGACGUUGAUAAUUCUGGGGGUGGUGAAUGGUCUGGGGGCGUUGUUUACAUUGUUGGUUCCUGAAUCGAAGGGGAAGUCUUUGGAAGAGAUUUCGGGGGAAGCGGGAGAAGAGGUUGAAAGGGAAACAGAGGCGAGGGCUGAAUCUCGUAGAACUAUGCCUGUUUGAGCGUAGGGAGUGUUGUUGGGGUUUUUGUGUGUAAAACUCUGUUUUUAGAUGUUAUACGUAUUGUGUAAAGCGAAAUCCUAAGGUCACUGGGUGGGCUGUGGAAGAAAUAACAGAGCUUUGUAUUCGUUUAUCGCUUUCUUCGCCAUACGCAAUGGACAGUGGGCUUAUCAGGAGCUCUGUUGUUGUAUUCCCAA